AUGCUGCACAACCUGCAGCACGUGGGCUGGGACAGUGAAACUGAGACCAAGAAAACUCAGGGGGUGGAAGAUGAGGAGGAUGGAGAAGAUGUAGAGGAACCACCAACUCCAAGGCAGGACCACGUUGGCACUUACAAGAAGCACAAGCAGGGGGACAACCCAUCCCUCUACAGAAGCAACCAGCAUCUCUACCAGACCUUUGGCAGUGGGAAUCCUGGGGAAGAGCCCCCCCCGAUGGAAAGUGAAGCAGAGCAGAGACUGGAAACCAACCUGCACUUGUUCUAUGACCUGUCAGGCAAGAGCAGCCCGAGUUCCUCCCCAGCUGGGCCCUCACCAGCCUUCCCUCCCACCACAGGAACACCCUGGAAGCCACCAAAGGAAGGAUCCAGCUCCCUCAAUCAAGCAGGGAGCUCGGACAGCCCUGAGGACUCCCUGGUUGCAGGAGAUCUCUGGGAAGCCCAGGUGGAUGGUCACCUGCGUGGGCUGGUCCCAGAUGAAUCCCUGAGGACAUUCCUGGCUGGCACAGCACGAGCCCUGAGGAUGGACUGUGGGCUCCCCCAGCUCCAGCUGCCCUGCACACAACUGCUCUCCAAGACUGGGCAGCUCAUCAAGCUGCUCAGCCAGAGAGAAAAUGACCAAGGAGCUUCUGCUUUCCUGGACCAGUGUCUCCUGGAAGGGAAUGUUUCCAAACUCGUGGUCCAGGCCAGGAGAGCAGGUGGGAAGAAACCAGAGCAGCCCAGCAGGGACAGGCUCCUCUUGGCCAUCUUGUUGUGCUCCAACAUCCUGAUCACUCUCAUGGCCCUUUUCCUGAUGGAGGUGAGUUGUCCCCAGGACCCAGUCCCAGUCCCUCAGGACACCCUCCAAGCC